AUGUCCAACAGCAGCUCCACCACCCAGUUCCUGCUCCUGGCAUUCGCAGACAGACGGGAGCUGCAGCUCUUGCACUUCUGGCUCUUCCUGGGCAUCUACCUGGCUGCCCUCCUGGGCAAUGGCCUCAUCAUCACCACCAUCAUCUGUGAACACCACCUCCACACUCCCAUGUACUUCUUCCUCCUCAACCUCUCUAUUCUUGACCUGGGAUCCAUCUCCACCACUGUCACCAAAUCCAUGGCCAAUUCCCUUUGGGACACGAGGACUAUCUCCUACAUGGGAUGUGUUGCCCAAGUCUUCUUUUUAUUUUUCUUGAUUUCAGCAGAAUAUUCUCUUCUCACCGUUAUGUCCUAUGAUCGCUACGUUGCCAUCUGCAAACCCCUGCACUACGAGACCCUCCUGGGCAGCAGAGCUUGUAUCCACAUGGCAGCAGCUGCCUGGGGCGCUGGGUUUCUCAACGGUCUACUGCACAUGGCCAAUACAUUUUCUCUGCCCCUGUGCCAGGGCAAUGCUGUGGACCAGUUCUUCUGUGAAAUCCCUCACAUCCUCAAGCUCUCCUGCUCUCACUCCUACAUGAGGGAAGUUGGGCUUCUUGUGGUCACUGUCUUAGCAGGACUGGCAUUUUUUGUUUUCAUUGUGGUAUCCUAUGUGCAGAUCUUCAGGUCAGUGCUGAGGAUCCCCUCUGAGCAGGGACGGCACAAAGCCUUUUCCACGUGCCUCCCUCACCUGGCUGUGGUCUCCCUGUUUCUCAGCACUGGAACAUUUGCCUACCUGAAGCCCCCCUCCAUCUCCUCCCCAUCCCUGGACCUUGUAGUGGCAGUUCUAUACUCAGUUGUGCCUCCAGCAUUGAACCCCGUCAUCUACAGCUUGAGGAACCAGCAACUCAAGGAUGCAGUGUGGAAACUGAUAUCUGGAUGUGUCUCUGAAGAAAUAAAUUGCUCUUCAUGCUCUGCAUAG